GCAACACCUCCGAAGACUAUUUAAGAAUCCUACAGAAUGUCCUGACCAAGGGAGCGGCUGCGUACAUGAGAGUGUCUAAUCAAGUAAACAGUUCAAAACUGAGCUUGGUUGAGAAGGGCAUUUGUGAAGACAUCCAUUGUGAGAGAGAGGAGCUGGUGAUAAAGAAACAAGGCAUCUACUUGAUCUAUUGCCACUUAAACUUUCAUUUCCCCAGCUGUUCAAACAGUUCCACCGACCUCAAGAUAGAGUUCCUUGUGAAUGACCAAGUCAACAGGCAAACGUUAUCCACAUGGUGCGCCUCUGAAAUGUGCCACGAAAAGACUUUUAAGACCUUGUUCCAGCUCCAUUUGACACCGCUGAAUGUGAAGGACCGAGUAUCAGUAACACUUAAUCAUCCCGAAUUCUUGAAUGAAAUGUAUCUUCCCAAUGAAAACGUUCUUGGGGUCUUGAGGUACAGUGAUGAAAUGUGA